GUGUUUUACAUUAACUUGGAAUCAAAUUCCAAGUGGGUUUCCUGCUCCAGUAUUUACAUUCGAUCCGUUGUUCUAAACCUUACCAAGCAUUUGAGUAAAAAAUUGAGAUUUUCCUGAUUCAUGCCGAGACUCGACAUUCGGCAGUUGGGCACAAUGCCCGCGAAUACCGCUGGUCUCUGGAAGAGGGUCACCUUCCUGCUGGCCCUUCCAACCAUUGUCCUGUGCGCCGUGAACGCCUUUUCCGGCCACAAACAUCACGAAAGGGAGCCAUUCGCCAAGUAUGAGUACCUGAGGCGCAGGACCAAGCGAUUCCCCUGGGGCGAUGGCAAUCGCAGCCUGUUCCACAAUGCCGAUGUCAAUGCUCUGCCCGAGGGUUACGAGGAUGAGGUCCAGGAAGAGGAGUAGUCUGAUUUGGUUUUGCUUUGAAUAUUUACACAAUUUCCUUGAACAACAUCCUUUUUUGGUAAAUUAUGGAUUUGUGACUAUAACUAAGAUCUGAGACAAUUGGAUGAGGUCCAGGAAGAAGAGACUAGUCUGAUAUCAUUUUCUCUAACAUUUUUGAACGCUCUGCUUGCUGAGAUCAACCUGAUUGGGUGCAGUCUAGAUAUCCACGAUUUUUUUCUUUAGAACACUCUUUUUGGUAAAUUAUAAUUUGUGAAUUUGGGACUUAAUUUUUGCAGAUUCUUUGCAAGAAAUAAAUUAGUCAUUGAGAUCUGA